AAAUAUGGUGACUCCAACGCUGCGUGUGGAAGACUGCAGUAUAGCACUUUUACCACGAAAUCAUGAAAAGAAUCGCUGUAUGGAUGUCCUGCCUCCAGACAGAUGCCUGCCUUUCCUCAUAACGAUAGAUGGGGAGAGCAGCAACUACAUUAAUGCAGCACUGAUGGAUAGCUACAAGCAACCAUCAGCCUUUAUAGUUACGCAGCAUCCCUUGCCAAAUACUGUCAAAGAUUUCUGGAGGCUGGUCCUAGAUUAUCACUGCACUUCAAUAGUUAUGCUGAAUGACGUGGAUCCAGCUCAAGUAAGUCCAAAUGCUUCUGUUUGACAGAGAAAUGCCAGU